GCCAGACAGGAAGAAGAAAGCGAAUCUGAUGGCACGAUAGCCGGGUCCUCAUCAUCCCACCGAAACCAAUGCAUACCCGCUCCUCUCGCCCAUGGACGUGCUGUCCUGUUUCACACGGAUUUCGUCGUGUGCACUGAAGCGGAGCUGAUCUUAUGGCAGACAUCAGCCCGCUCUUUACCAUCGCCCAUCUGAUCCACUGUGAGAGAAAAUAAUUCGACGAGAGGAGGUGAGAUGAAAAGCCAACAACGACCAUCACUGCUCGCCUUAUCGGCACUCGUGCUCUGCACAUUACACCAGACAGCUGGCUCCAGCAGAUCUCAUCGCAGCAGCUCAGCAUCAUCAACAACAACAUCCCCAUCAGAGGCUGGAGGCAGGAACCAUUUAGGGAUCCAGCACUGGCAAAAACAGACUAACAGCUCUAACUAUGGCAAUCACAAACACGAAAGUAGGCCACCACCAAAGCUAAAAGAGGUAACAGGCCAAGUGAAUAGCUUCUCUCAUAACACCAGCAGAGGCAAUAUUACUACUGUGAUAUCUGAAAGGUCUGGCAGGGCACCAAACUGGAGCCUGGAUGAAGGGGCGUCACCGCUGUGUGCCUACAGAGUGAUUGAGGGCGGCAUCGGUGGGCAGCUGUGUUUUCGACAAACACUGUUCGGGUACAAGUGUCAUCAGGGAGACUGCAGGACAGUGGUGAAUUUGGGGAAUCUGGUGGCAAAUAUUCUCAUCAAUGGCAGCAUACUGUUACAGUGGACCCAUAAGGGAGAAAUGACUGGCCGAGACGCAAAGACGAAAGAUGCUGCAGCUGUUCAGAAGAGUGGUGGGGAUCCAGGGGCAAAUUUAACAAAAGAGGAAACUCUAAGAUCAAACACUGUUUUCAGUGGCCGACGCCACAGGCGGGGUGGCUACGAGUUGAGCUGCUGGUGGAAUGGAAGCUAUACUCAGUUUGAGUGUGCUGGCGUCCAUCUUGGAUCUGGCUGCAGGGACUUUCUCCUGACUGAGCUGCAUGAGAACAUCCCGUACCGCAUCUGCCUGCGCUCCCUGGCCCGCUCCGAUCCAGCUCAGAAAGCAGACCAGCAGGACUGUGUGGAGUUUACCCUCCCGCCGUCUGGGAUGCAGGACAUUGUGAUUGCCAUGACAACGGUUGGGGGAGCUAUUUGCGUGAUGCUGGUCAUCAUCUGCUUGCUGGUGGCAUACAUCACAGAAAACAUCAUGAGCCCCACGACACAGCACUCAUACUCCUACCGCACUCACUCUCGUCACUGAUGUGACUCUGAAUCCAAGAUGCACUGUUAAUACAUAAAAAGACCUACAUUUAACAUCCAUGAUCACAUCUAAUCCUAGAUCACAGCCACUCACUGUCAAUAAUACUUACUUUUCAGUCCGCCACAUAAUGAUAUACACAUCCUGUUAUGACUGAAUAGAAGCACAAACUACUGUUGCUCUGCAAAUAACAUGCCUUGUCAACCUCUGCGAGGAUGCACUGAACCAAAAGUACUGAUUACUUACAUUUACAAUUAUACAGUAGUUUACUGUUUUCUGUUUUUGUUCAAGGUUGUCUGUGAUUGAGUCUGUCAAUCUGUAUGCUGGCAGCAUUUAUACAGCAAUACACUUAAUGAAAUGGCUUUGAGUGCAUCAGAAGCAGCUGUUUUUUGGCUAAAUGUGCAGCCUGUGAAAGUGUCCCGACGGUGUCCUUCCUUGCUGCGACACAGGAAAAUAAAACUUUAAUGAAUUUCAUUUUUUCCACUUGACUAAACCAUCCCACCGUCCAGUUUUGCUUUUAGGUCUGCAUACAGUAUGUAUUUGUACCAUUUUGUGAAGGGAAAUACAAUCUGGUGUACAAUCUCCAAAUACUGUGCCAAACAUCUUGAGUUAUAAUGCCUUUAUGUCCAGCUGUCAGUGAAUAAAGUACCAUGAGGUCAUUUGUAAUAC